AUGGCUGCCGAGAACGAGAACGUCGCUGCUGGCCUCGCCGAGGAAACCAAGGGCAAGGGCAAGGCUGUUGCCGCCGAGGAGCCCGUUGAGAAGAGCGACGCCAUGGACGAGGAUGAGGACUCCAGUGAUGAGGAGGAGGCCCCCGAGGCCGCCGAGGCUGGUAAGAAGCAACCCCAACUGCUACGAAUCUACCGCACACCUGCGAUUCCUGUGACUAACAUGCCUGCAAAUACAGUCGACGAGGAGGACGGCAUGGAGGAGAUUGACCUGAGCAAUAUUGUCGAGGGCGGUCGCCGCACCCGUGGCCGUGUCAUCGACUUCGCCAAGGCUGCCGAGGAGAACCCCGCCGAGGAGGAGGAUGACGAGGACGAUGAUGACUUCGCGGCCGACGAGUCCAAGAUGGACGAGGACUAA